GGGCGAUAUUUUUGGUCACAUUUAUAAAUUGAUAGAAAACAAUGUUGAUCGGUAGUCGUCACAAAGAAAGUCUGUAAAAAAUUAAGAUGCAUCUUCAGUAUUCGGUCUCUCUGCUGUUUGGGUUGUUUAUGUUCUGCUCUGGAGGACAGUUAGACGAUUCCAAAAACGCGCGUAUACUGAAGUUUGAUUACGACGACUCAGGCAAAGGACCAUACCGAUUUGGAUAUGAAACCAGCAACGGAAUCUCCAGGGAAGAAAGUAGCGAAGUGCACUACCCAGGAACAAAACACGAAUUCCUUAAAGUUACAGGAAUGUUCGCCUAUCCCGGUCCAGACGGUGUUAUGUACGAAGUAAGAUACACCGCAGAUGAUCAAGGAUUCCACCCAGAAGGUGAUCACAUUAAGGUACCGCCUUUUGUUCCAUGGAUUCACCACCAUUCCGAAGAUGGUUCAGAUGGUUCUGACAACAAUAAUAUUCCUGAUAGUGGUACUGACCAACAAGUUAUAAACUUUGUACAGACGACUGCAAGACCAAGCACCGAGUAUUUACCUUCUUCGACACCAACUAGUACUACUUAUUUGCCACCUACUAGUUCUACACCACAACCUGAAUAUUCUAGUAGCAACGUAAAUUCAAUUGGCAUUAAAUCUGGUAAUUUCGCUCAUUCCAAAGCAGUUCCAGAUGGUUUUGCCAAGUCAUCUAAUAUUGACACUUUGUUUACUUCCAGAUUAAAUAGCGUUCUACCUUCAGAUGUGAAUAAUCUGCGUUCAAAUGUGGAUAAUACUCAAAUGUUUUUGCAAAAUUUAGGUACUACACCAAAUCCCAUUAUGUUACCUCAACCUACUCUAUUAGACAGUUUAAAAUCCUCACCUCUAAUGGCGUUGGUUUCUAAUCCGCAGAUCCUAAAAGAUCUUUCACCAAACGCUCCAAUUACCCCUGUCAUAAUUAUGCCAAAUAUGGUCUUAUCCAGUAUUCAAAAUAACUCUCCUAACCAACAACUAAUAUCAGGUGAGCUAUUAUUGGAAGGUUUAAAAUCUGUCAAUGCUGCUCACGAACAAGUACAGUCAAAAUCUAACAUUUUAGAUAUCUUGAAAGCCUCUCCAAUCGCCAGUCCUCCACCAGGUUCACAGGACCUUAAAGGCGAUAACAUUCUAGACCAACUACGAACUGCUAGUGCUGUAAAUUCGAUGUGUUUACAAACAUUGGCUUGUAGAUAUACUGAGCCCAAUUUAGGCUCUGAAGGUUCGGCUCCUGGAACGAAUAUUAUUUACUUGCCUUCAAGUACUGCUCGACCAAAUAUAGACAAUUCGCUCGAGGAUAAUAUAUUGAGUACUCCAAAACCCAAUCCCGAGUUGUACUUUCACUCGACGGCUGAAUCGCAGACUCAGUUGAGGUUUGCUACUCCAGCUCCACCGAGAAUAAUGCGCAAGGCCAGCUCUAUGGUGUCUAAAAGUAGCAAGUUUAUGGCUCCGAUAGUCGCUGCAUAAUAAAUAGAGGGUGCUAUUGUAAAAUAUACGAGUGGCAUGUUUUAACUAUGAUUUUCAUUGCACAUUAUUGCGUAAAUAAAACAGCUUUACAAUGUGUCUAAUAUUUUAGUAGCAGAGAGACUGCAUGGCAAAAUAUAGAGGCAACUAAAAAUGAACGAGAAACUUUUUUUUACAAUACAGCUUAAAUAAUGUGGAGGAGAGCAUGGUUCUUUUAUGUUAGCAUUAUGUUGUUUUUUCUUCAGAUGAUUUCCUUAGCUCAGAUUUUGGUUAUAGUGCAAUCUUUACUGUAAUUGUUUUAGAGUAUAUUUUUGAAGAUGUAAUAUAGGUCAAUUUUAAGUCUUUUUUUCCAUCAUUAGCUUCUUCUAUACCUAUAAUAUCGAUUAGUGAAUUUUGAUUAUCAUGUUGGCUGUUAAAAUUUUAUUCACCGCAGUUCUGAAAAUUGACGACGAAGACUGAUAAACCACUCAAGUACAUGUUACGAAGCUAUGAUGUUUGUCUUAGAUCGGCACCUCCCUUUCCACAUAUUUUGCCUCGAAUAACAAGAUGGAGGAAACCAUGUUGUUAUGGGUGUCGCAAGAAGAUGUAAAAUUUGGCGAGUCUUAUUUCAGAAUAUUAGUUUUUCUGGUUAUAGUAGAGAUUGAUUUUGUAUAAAUCUACAAUAUAGACUUUGAUGUCACUUCCUACUAGUCCAAGAAUUUUCAUCAGUUUUCCAUGUCAAAUUUUAUGGAAUGCUUUCUCUAACUCUAUAAAGCUCUAUUCACAGGAUGGUCGACAUCUCCACACCUCUGAGCCAGUACUCGGAUCCAAGAUUGGAUCCGAGGAGCCUAGAGGAAGAGGUUAAGAAACCUCUACCUCUCAAAGCGGGAGAAAUUAGCAUCAAUAUUUCGAUGAAGUUUUACUUUUAUGUGGAGAAAAAUUUUUUAAUAAUAAGGUGCAAUGAAAGUUGUAGUAAAAAAUUGUUAUUUAACUGACCAUGUAACUUAUUUGUGAUAUUAUUAGUAGGUUAUUAAUAUUUUGGGUAUAUCCAUUAAAAUGAUUUGGUGGUAGUAGCUAAAAUGAUUGUUAUAAAAUAUAAUCCAUUUUUAUUUUAUUUUUAAAACCUUUUUUAUACAGCUCAAUUGUUAUGUUAGCAAAUUGUUAUUUCGAAUUUUAAUACAUUUAUUUUUAUAUA